CGUGAACACAGUGCGCAGUCGGCCUCGAGCACCAGGCGGCGCGCGCGCAACUUUACCGUAGACUGGUGAAAGGCUGCAUGACUCAUACCAAACACUAGUCAUGAACGAAUAUGCAGAGUACGACUGGAAGCUGCAUCAGAUGCAGAACGAGCGACUAUGUGAAAUAGCCAGAAAACGUCUCACCGAUGGCGACAGACAACGAGCUCUGGCAGGACUAAAAGAGGCUGUUGAUUCAAGUCUCAAUCUAGCUCUUCGCGACAAAAGCCGGUGUCAAGAUGACAAUUUCUUGAGAAGAUUUUUAUAUGCAUGCAAGCAUGAUGUUCAGCAGAGUUUCGAGCUACUUGUGCGCUAUCACCAGUAUCGACGGGAACAUCCAGAAUUAUGGGCGUCGCCAGAUGGCGGUGUUCUAAGAGCACUUGGAGAUGGAAUACCAGGUGUACUAGCAGAGAGAGACCGUCGAGGCCGGUGUGUGUUGAUUAUGUUUGCAUCCAAUUGGACACCUCAUGCUUGCACCUUACUCUCCGUUUACAGAGCCUUAUUACUCACCCUUGAACGGACACUAAACGACGUACAAAAUCAGGCCAACGGAUAUGUGAUUAUCGUUGACUGGACUGAAUUCACAUUUAAACAAUCCUGUAGUUUGCAAGCUAAAGUAUUAAAGCUCAUGAUCGAUUGUCUGCAAGAUUGCCUGCCUGUAAGAUUUAAAAGUAUACAUUUUAUUGGGCAACCCUGGUAUGUUGAAACGGCUCUUGCCGUAAUAAAGCCGUACCUUAAAGCAAGGACGCGGGAGAGAAUUAUACUUCAUGGAAAUAAUUUAUCCACAUUACACGAUUCUUUACCUCUGGAUAUACUUCCAGCGGAACUUGGAGGCGAGGGACCCUCAUACAAUUCACAGCGUUGGUUGCAGGAGUUUUGUCGGGGUGAAAACAUAAACACAGUGUCAGUUGCACCUGCAUCAGAAGCUGUAGAGGAGAAUGAUCUCCCGUCAGCAAAAUUAGAUAAAGCAUACAAACAAAAGGAUAAUCCCAACUUCUCGUUUCAUGGCAGUGAAAAAAGUGCAAAGUCAGAAUUACUACGCGAUAAAGAUUGACCUUCGAUACCACGUUUAUUGAUCAUAAUGUGGAAAAUGGACAGCUCUAUGCUCGGAAAUGCCAUUAUAAUGCUGCAUUUUAAGAAUAACCUAACUACUGGCGCGCGUAUUUGUGAUAUUGAGUGUAAAUUGUUAAUUUAUUGUUUGUAAGAACGCAUGUAAAGUAUUAUUAAAUAGUGAUUGGAAAAUAUUGCGUACAUAAUGUGACAUUAGGUACGUAAUGAUGUGUGUGUGGUGGAGUAAUUUUGAGUUUCUCUUGGUUAUUAGAGUGUCGGCAUGGUUUUAUCGUGUGUCGGGGGCAUUUAAGUCGGCGCAUCCCCCGCAUCCGGUUGAGACGUGGUCGUUGUAACGGUCUCGAGCUCUCGAUUCAGCGCAUCCACCCGGCACGUUCGUUUGCUGAUGCGCGCGAGCGUUGGAUCUCUGCAUUUUGCACAAAGAAUUCUUCUCGCAUUCUUGUAGAUUUGUCUUAUUUAUUCAAGUAAUUAUAUUUUAUCAACCAGUAUCUCAUUAUUAUAUCAUAUUUAGUUAAGACACUACGUAUACAAGUGCUUUAUGUGAGGCUUAGUGCGCAUUUACUAUUAUGUUUAAGUCAAUGUUUGGAAAAUAUUGGAUUACCAUAAAAAAUAUUUUGAAAAUAAGUAGUAUAUAUAAGUAUUGUAUCUGUCGAAGUAGGCAAGGUAUUCUUCCAUAUUAUCAUAGCCAUCAUCUUUAGUGGCACUAAUUAUACGUGAUGUUAUUAUGACAAUCCCAAUUAGGAGCGACUUUAUAAGGACUGAACAACAUUUUUAUCCAGCUGAGUAGUUAAAAUGAUUAAAAAAAAGUAUUUUCUUUAAAACUACUUAGAAUUACCAAUAUAAAACAUCCUGCAUCGAUUGCGUUGCAACUUACCUAUGUACUGUUUGUUAUCUUUAAUUAAGUAAGUCAUAUUGGAAGAUAAUAAGCAUUGACUAUACAGAAAUCAAAAUGAUUGACAUAUAGGAAUAAGUACCUAUAUGAUUACAGAUUUUAUGUUAAUCUUCCAGUGAGCUCUCUUUCUAAAAUAUUUAUUCUAUUUGACAAUAUUAUUUGUAAAUAAAUGCUGUGACAUUAUGCGAUAUUACUGUACUGUUUAUUAUUAUGAUUUCUAUAGGGUUUGUAAUUAUUCAUCUAUAAUGCAUUCGAUAAGUGGAUUUUGUAUGUAAAAUAUGACUGAAACAGUUGCUUUUAACACUGAUAUUUUUACUGUAUAAUAAAUGAAUUCAAUUUCAAUAUUAUUUUGUUUAUUAGACAUUAAGUAUAAUAUGCUAUUUAAAUAUAUACCUGUAUUAAGUAGAUAUACAUGACAUAUUAUA